GAUCACAUUCGAAGGUGUCUUAAGCUCCCAAUAACUUGUCCAAACAGUUGUGGUCUUAAAAUUUCCAGGGAAAUGAUCCCGAGUCACAUCAAAGAGGAAUGUUUACUCGCCAUAGUCUGCUGUCCCUAUGUUCAGUUGGGAUGCGAAACAAAGGUUGAGCGCCAAGCAGUGGAAUCUCACCUCCAGUCUGCUGUAAGAAUCCAUCUUGACUUAACUGUUGUUAAGUUAAAUGAGGCAAAUGAAAAUUUAGGUAUAACGCAGUCGAAGUUGGAUGAAACUGAAACUAAAUUUAGUAACACAAAUAGUCAAUUGCUUGACACAAAGAAAAAGACAGAUAAUUUAAAGAAGGAAGUCGAGACACUGCAAAGACAGUUUAAAGAGAAAGCAAUCAAAGAUCAAGAAAAUGCAAUGAAAGAGCAAAUAGUGAUGGGGAAAAGUGAAUCUCCUGGUUUUUCUUCUCUAUACAUUUGGAAGAUUGACGAGUUCAGUAAACUUAUGAGGGAGGCCAAGGCCGGUGACAAGACAGUCUAGCUUAGUGCUUCAUUCUACACAGAGAACCAUGGAUAUAAGCUGAAAGUGGUGAUAUAUCCAAAUGCCGUCAACCCUGAUGGAAAGGAUAUCCUAUCCGUGUUCAUUUGUGUAAUGAGAGGUCAAUAUGACGCCAUAUUACCCUGGCCUUUCAACAGGAAAAUAAAGUUUACUCUUAUAGAUCAACAGGAAGAUCUGGAUCAAAGGGAGAACGUUUUCCGAGUGGUCACACCACACAAUGAUCCAAAGUGCUAUGCAAGGCCUAAAAACGAACAGAACAUAGGACAUGGAAAACUAUUAUUUAUAUCACACACACAACUCGAAUCUAGGCGCUACGUUGUGGAUGACACUUUUUUCAUUCAAGUUGAGGUCGGCUCACCAUAGGAACCUUAGUUUAGCACUGAAAACCUUCAAACUGAUACAUUUUACACAACAGCAAUCUGGACCAAGGUCAUAAUUUUUAAUCCCGGAUUGGCGCAGACCCUUUUCAGAGCAAUCGGCCCCUGCGUGCGUUUAAAUGGAAAAAUCACUUGAAAGAA